UAAUUGACUUUGAAAUACCACAAGAUAGUGACAAUAAAAAGUUUACGAAAAAAAAUAUUUGGCAGCAUAGCUGCAACAAAAAUUGUCAGUUCUAUUUUGGCAAUAAUGUCUUAUGUUUCUGACACAUUUAAUUCCAAAGAUUAGCAGCCAAAUACAAGUUCAGAUCACACACUUAUAUAUCAUUCAGCAAUUAACCAAGCCCAGCAGCAACAAACAUCCAUACAAAGCGAGAGAGAGAGAGGGAGACAACUUGGUUGGCAUGCACCUCAGAGCGCGUGUGGCAGCGAUUCAUUUGAUUUGGUCUCAUUAAUCAUAAACGUGUUAAGAACACUGUAAACUUUUUGCACAACAAGACGACAAAACUCAGCAUGGCAUCGUUAAGUUUGAUGAAUGUUCUAACCAUGGCCAUAGCGGCGGUAGUGGUCAUCUUACCAUCGCAGCUGGAUGCCUAUUAUACGCAAAAUACAGGUUGUUACCACAAUGGUACUUGGUACGCGGACAAAUCAUUAGUUCCCACAACCGAGAAAUGUCUCAACUGUCAGUGCACCAAGAAGACGCUGGUCUGCCGCUUAAAAGUUUGCCCAGAGAUGCCGAUGCCACCGCCGCGCGGCUGUGUCGUCGUCCAAAAGAAGAACACAUGUUGUCCGUAUCUGUCGUGUGCACGUUUAGAUGCCUUCUACAAGAUACCCGCCACGCGACGUAUUAUCGCUUAUUUGGAUCAUUACGAGCGUGAAUCAAUUGAUCGUGUGGUCAAUGACAAUAUGCUGCAACGCCGCUCCGACGAUUCGGAUGUGGAUUUGUAUGUUUGCGUGAAAAAUGGAACUGUCUACAAAUCUGGGUCGGCUAUGUCCUCAUCGAAUCUCUGUACCUAUUGUUAUUGCAUUGGUGGUACUGAGAAAUGCGUCAAACCGAAAUGUAUGCUACCGCUGGAGGGUUGCAAGCCGAUUUUUGUCGACUCCACCUGUUGUCCGGUUCGUUACGAUUGCAGUACCAAACAGACGGGUAAAUCAUCACAAGAGGUACGCUAUCGUAAAACUGCAAAUAAACAUUACAUGAGAAUGUCCCAACGUCUGCAACGGAAUCGUGGCUGCACAGUGGGCAGCCAAUUCUAUGCAGAGGGCCAGAAAAUGAAAUCCGAUAAAGACAAGCCAUGUGAUAUUUGUUUCUGUAUACGAGGUCAAAGGAAGUGUGCCCCUAAAAAAUGUGCACCCGCUUUGCGGAAUUGUAUUCCUGUCGUGCCGAAGGGCCAAUGUUGUCCCUCCAGCUAUGAUUGUGGCAGCCAGAGAGAUUAUCGUAGAUCCCAGAAUUCGAGGCAGUUUAAUUUAUUCUCCCUGCUUUUUGGUAAAGAUGAGGAGGAAGAUCAAGAGGCCAGCCCAUCAGAAAUUGCGGUACAAUAUCCUCCGGACCGUCACCCCGAAGUGGUGGAGAAACAGCCGUUGAAAACAAGGCCAAAUGGUGAGGUUAUGCUGGAGGGGGGCCCAACAACAGAGAAAAGUAUUUUCGAUACCCUGCGGGAGGGUCUGGAAUUUAUUGACAACAACAAUAAGCAAAUGUUGAAAGAUAAUGGCGAUUUGGUGGGAAUUCAACCAUCACCAAAGCCCAUACCUCUAGGAGGUAUGCUCGAGGCCCCCUCUUCAACUACAGAAAUAAGUUUGUUGGAUCUACUCUUGGGUCCCUCGGAGGGUAAUAACGAGGAGAAUUUAUCCGAAGAAAUCGAACCCGAAGAGAAAACCACACCAACCAGCACAACGGGUAUAUCAUGGGUUGAUCUUCUGCUGGCUCCAGAUGAUGAAGAUAUUAGAGCCUCCACAGCGGUGGCUGAUAAAAUUGAUUUUAGCCAGCCCUCUACGGUUCAGGAUUUAACAGAUUUCUAUGAAACCACUCCAACAGCUACCACCAAUACCAUUGAUCGCUUGGAUCACGGCAAUUACACAGAGAGUGAAGAAGAGGAAGAAGAAUUAGGUGUUUUCAAGGCUGAGGAUCAAGAGAAAUUGUACUUGACCACAACGGAUAUGGGGGAUGAUAGCACCAUGGACACCCUUAGUGCAGAAGAAACCACCCAGACAUUGCCAACAACACUCAGUGAGACAACGGAAGCAGGCAAAUCGACAGAGGCAAUACCCAGUGCAAAGCCACAAGACUCGACGACGACAACAACAACAACUAAGAGACAUAUAACAACAACAUCCACCACCACAACAACAACGAAAAAGCCAAUGAUUACAGAAAGUUCCACAGCAAAAUUAGAACUGCAACUUAAAACCGAAACUCCGACUCCAACCAAAGUUCCCCUCAAACUUCCCCUGAAAAAUUCCACAAAACCUGAUAACGGCCCAGAUUUACUUACCGUCUUGCUGGAUGGCCUCAGUGGCAUAUUGGCCAGUGAUAAACCUCUAAAGAACCUUACAAAAUUGGAUAACUACACGAUACCCAAACUUCCUCCCGUCAAAAUUGUUACAAAUAAUUUACCCUCAACCAAACCUCUGCCAUUCUUUAAACCCCUUCCAACAGACAAAACCUACAGUCGCAUCAAUUCAAAAAUUGCCAAUCUCACGGUCAAACCGCCCAUGAUUUCCACGAAAAUUUCAAACAAUGCCACCUUCAAACCACUACCUCCACAUUUAAGUAAAAAUCCUAUAAUACCGAUUUCGGAAAGUCUACUCACAGAGGCUACCACAAGGAUAACACCCCCCAGCAGCACCACACCGGUUGCAACAACCCCCACAGCAAGUUCGGAGAGUGCGAGCACUACCACAACACUAACCACCACAACCAGCUCCAAACCUUCAACCACAACAUCAACCCUGAAACCGGUUGUCAUCAAAACAAAUCCCACAAUUUUAGAAGCCGAACCCUUGGAUCAAAACACCGAUCACACGCUACCACCGAGUCUACCCAAUUUGAAAAUUAUACCCUUCCUACCCACCGAUGCCGUCAAGGCUGAUCACAACAAAGCCUCAUCCUAUGAUUUUUAUCAUCAUGCUGGAGGACCCACAUCUCGCAUAGAUUAUGAUCAAUACGAUGACGCCAAUUUGUAUCCUUCAAUAACGGAAAAAUAUCCCCUCUACCCAGAUCUCGAAGAUGGCAGCAAGGCGGAAUAUAUUUACAAAUUUAAUGUUGAAGGGCCCGAUUCGUUGGUCUCUUCGCCACCGGGGAAAUUUGACGGCACUUUGGGUUCGCCUGCCUUCGUAAAAUAUGAUUUCUCAUCGACAAAUUUACAACCUCCGAAGGGUUUCUCACCACCCACCAAGACCGAGGGAGGAUUUGUACCCAAAGAUCCGUUGAUAUUGGACGAUGAUCGUGACAAUGUCAGUGUGAAAGUUAGCGAUAGUUAUCAGGUUACCCAACAUAUCAUAGAUAUAACAACAUCGGCGGAUGUUUUGAAUACCACUAAAGUUAUAGAAAUCACAACACCAGACCCAUUCAAAGAUGUCAUUCGUACCGAACUGCCACCGGAUCUAACAUCGCUAAUCGAGGAUAAGCUAAAAAAUUUGAUUACCCAAUCGAACUACAGCACCACUCAACAGCCAUCAAAGGAAAAUUUACAAAUCUCUUUUGACAUGGAUGUGAAGGAACAAGCCGUAAAGGCAACCGCCGGAGCGGCAGCAACUCAUUUCCAUAAUGCAGAUUUAAUACCAUCGAAUUCGAUGGACGAUAUUGGGGAUAGCAAAAAAGAAGUUACACAAGACAUGAGUGACAAACGAACAACAGAAAAUGUCAUGAAGGAGAAGCAACGAGAGGAUGAAAAAUCAAAUCAUGGCAUGGAUUCGACAGUGCCACAGGCAAUGGCUUUCAAAUACAUGCCAAAAGGAACCACCAACAGUUCGUCAUCGAAGAACGCUGAAACAACAGCAGCAACAAAACGAACAGAGCCAACUAAACAAACAACAUUGAUGUCAUCGUCGUCAACAACUACAACGACUGUUAGUACUACCAACAAGUCCGGCAAAAGACCGGCCAUCAAGAAUAAUAACAAUAAAACAAUUGCCCAGGCGGCAACAACAACAACAACGACGACAACAACAGCUACGGCCAAUAGACCGAACUUGAAAUUGACCAAAAACAAAGUGGAUGGCCAGUCAACUGCAACGGCAUCGGAAACAAAGAUAUUGGCGUCAUCCUCAUCCUUGGUCUCAUCGAAGACCAAAUCAUCGAAUGCAACACGACGUGUAACAAGCAAUAAGCCGACAAGGCAACAGCAUCACAACAAACCCAACUCCAGGCCAAGCAACACGCCAGUUACGGCAACGAAAAUGGCUAAUGCCACAGUGAGUGCGGCUAAGGGAUCAUCAUCAGCAUCAUCAUCCUCUGGAGCAGCAGUGCAACGAUUAAAUGGGACAAAUAUUGAGCCAUCCUCUGGCAAAAAUACAAAACGUACUGGCGCUGUAACGGUUGGCGGCAAUAGACCCAAAAAGCCAACAACAAAAGUUACAAUAGGCACCACAACAACGGCAGCAGCAACAACAACAACAGCAGAUACACCAUUGGCAAACUCAUCUGCAACGAAGACGACAACGACAGCAGCCACUAGAAGAACAUCCAUGCAGACAAAGCCACCACCAGUAACAACACCAACACCAACAACUACAACAACAACCACUACAAAUCCAUUUUUAAUGUCACCUUUUGACAAAUUGCCUUUCAUGGAUGCCAGCUUUGAAGUGAAACGUAAUUCAGCAACGCCUUCAUUUGCAAUUCCAAGCCAAACCUUUUUAGUGGCCAAGGAAUCAGAAGAGGAUGCUCAACCAUUCUUCUCAUCAUUAUCAUCGGUGUCGUCGUCAUACUCCUCCUCAUCCUACUCUGCAGAGAAGCCUUAUUCAUUGUCUUCGCCGGGACAUAUUUCAUCUGUUAACCAUGUUAAAUUAAUAUCUGUCAUACCAACACACCCUCUUGGCCAGAAAUCCUCCAGCAGCACCACCACCACCUCUACCACCACCCAUGGCCAUGUUGAGGUGUCAACAUCAGUGCCGUCACGCAGUUCAGCAACGCUGAAUAAUUUAAUCGAUCCAAUUGGAAUCUUAAAAUUAGCUGGAUGCAACAUCUAUGGCCGCAUGUAUCGGGUGGGUCGAAUCAUACUCGAACUCUCCUCACCCUGUCAGGAGUGUCGAUGUACCGAGAUAGGUGUUAAAUGCUCCCCCCUCGAAUGUUAGGAGGCAUUCAGGAGCGGCGGGAAAAAUAAAAUUAAAUAUUUCCAUGAGUAGUAUUAGCAUCAUUUCCGUUUUGGAACGAACAUUCUGUGAGCACAACGUAACGGGCGAACAAACAACUCUGUUGGUAGUAGUAUUAGUAAGUUCGAUAUUAAGUUUUUAGCGUUCAAAAAUUAAUAUAAUAUUUAUAUUAAAUACAUUUAAGAAAUAAAAAAAUAAUUUUAAAAAUUAAAAUUUUAGACAGGAGAUUAAAUACAAUUACAGAUGUCCAUUGACCCACUAAUGGAAUAAAAAUUUAAAAUUAUAUCCAAAAGAGAAAAAAAAGGACAACAGCUCCCUUGCCUUUUAUUUUAGCUGGAGUAACAUAAAGUGGAGUGGAAUAAGCGGUAUAUUCGGCUUGGCAUUAAAUACUGUUUCUGGUAAAAUAAUAAAGAUAUAAAUAUAUAUAUGGCUCGGACAGUCCUCCAUAUCUCUGUCGGAAAUGGUAUGCAUCUCAAACGUCUGCUUGUGUAUGUCCCGAUUAAGGCAUAAUAAAGAUUUAAAUAUGGCUCGGACAGUCCUCUAUAUCUCUGUCGGAAAUGGUAUGCAUCUCAAACGUCUGCUUGUGUAUGUCCCGAUUAAGGCAUAAAAAAGAUUUAAAUAUGGAUCUGACAGCGCUCCAUAUCUCUGCCGGAAAAGGUUGCUUAUGUGUCUCCCGAUUAAGGCAUAGCAAGCAAGGAUUAAGAUUAAGCAAGGAUUUCCGAACUUUUGAGUCCUCUGCAGUAUUCGACAAUACUCUAAUUGUUUUUAAUCUCUAAAUUUAUAAGAAUAAUACAUCUUUAAUUUUAAUAUUUUUAAAUAUAACAAACAUAUAUUAACAUACUUAUUUAUAUCAGUAUAAGCAAAUAUAUUAAGACUUAUUUCUAAACUAAGCACAAAUUAAAAUAGUAAUAAAAUGUAUAUUUAAAUUAUUUUUAUAUAGACGUACAUGAUAAGUUUGAAUUAAAAAUUCACCUAAUAAAAUAUGA